AUGAGUGCAUAUGCCUAUAAAGAGGUUGCUGAAAGACGAGUGAGAAGAAAGAGAGAUGUAGAAUAUGGUCAAUUUAGGAGGUGUAAGUACAAGCCACGGGAAGGGGACCAACUCCACCUUCAGUCUCACAUGAAGAGAGACUUCAAAAAUCAAGGCAUGAGGAGAAUGAAAGGAGGUAAAAGAGUGAAGUGUUGCUGCAUUGUGCUUGAUGAACUGCUGUUGUGGGAAAUUUUGUUGAAGAGGAAGAAGUCACAAAUUGGAAAUAAUGUGGAUUGUGGCCAAGUGACUGCUGAGGUGCUGUUCAGCAGGAUUAAAAGAGCGAAUUGGAAGAAGAAGCCAUGGGAGGUGGUGAACAAUACGCCCUGUUUGGCUGAGAUGAUGUUGCUGCCAGGAAUUACAAGGAAGGGGAUAGAAGCUUAUGCACAGUCCAAGAAGAUGAAACGAAAUAAUAUGAUACAUUUUGGAGAAGCUAGUAUGCAAAGAUGUGAGAUAAUGCUCAACGACUUGGUUGAUUCUAAGAGAGUGAACACUAACAUUAAAAAGGCAUCUAAAACAGGCACUGAGUUAGGAGAGGGUGAGCUAUCUAUUGAUACUCUUACCUCGACAAUACUUUCAACAAACUUCUGGCCACCAAUUCAGAUCUUGCUGCCGUCACUGGGAUACCCCAUUGACGCAUUAAACCGAAGAGUAAACUUCUGGAUAAGCAAGGGAGUUUUGAGAGAGUUUACAGGAACAGACUCAAAUGCCAACGUGUAUACGCUUGUUGAAUCCAUAACUGAUUCUGGAAAGAACGAAAGCAAGAGCUCUUAG